AUGUCGUCUCAAAAUCUUUCUUAUAAUACAUUAUUUAUUUCACCUCCCCUCUCUCCUCGUUAUAAUAAAGGUGGAAUCGAUAACUCACUUUGUGGCAAUACCCAAAAUUUACCUCACGAAGAACCCAACAAUUCUUCACAAAACUCAACAAUUACCACCAAUCCAAAGAUUAACAAUCAAACUCAGAAUAAACCAAAGUCCAUUUAUCGAUUUAGGUUAAGAGAUGCCCCAAAAGAAUUAUUAGAAUUAAUAAAUUUUUCUUCAAAAACAUUAUCAGGAAAUUCUUUCAAAACCUCCGUCAUUAUUGGUAAUACAAACUAUAUAAACGGACCUUUUUCGGCGGACACAACAGACACCAAUAAUGAUCGUGUGACGGUGGCCACACAAAAUUCAUUAAAUCUAAAUACUGACAACAAAAAAAUUAAUAAUUUCAAUAACACCGAUAAUAAAAUUUCCAAAAACGUUAUAGAAAAACGUCAAAGAGUUCGAAAGAACCCUUACCCCAAAAAAUCACCUUCAAAAAUUUCUCCCGGGAUCACUUGUUCCGUGGAUAUUUUCAAGGCGUAUAAAGAAAACCCCAAAUUUUAUUUGGACUCUAUUUAUCCAUUACCAAAAAAACAAGAUCCAUUGUUUUCUGACGAACUAUUUCCAUAUUCUGAUUCUGAAACAAAUAUAACUAAAAAACGAAAAAAUCGAAGCAAAUCAAGAAAACUUAUGGCAAAUAUUGAGAAAUUAAACCUCAAUAUGGAUAUAUUAAAUAAUAUUACACCUAAAAUUACUUGGAAAGGUCAACCACUUCCAAUCACACAUUUACCUUAUUAUGACUCUUUACACCCUAAAGAGGCAUUGGUUGCAUCAACGUUACGUUUGAAUCCCUUGCAAUAUUUAACAUCGAAAUAUACGCUUAUUUCAUCAGCUUUACGAUAUACCGAAAAAUCAUUACCAUUUCGUAAGAGCGAUGCACAAAAAUUGCUCAGAAUUGAUGUAAAUAAAGCAUCUAAAUUAUGGGAAUUUUUCUCUCAAAUCAAAUGGUUUUAG